GAUGCCGCUGUGCCCCGGCGCGGCCGCCGCCGAUCGCAGCGCAGGAGCCGCCGCCGCCGCGGUUGAUGUGGUUGACCCGGGGCUGAGGAGGCCGCCAAGAUGCCGCAGUCCAAGUCCCGGAAGAUCGCGAUCCUGGGCUACCGGUCUGUGGGGAAAUCCUCGUUGACGAUUCAGUUUGUUGAAGGCCAAUUUGUUGACUCCUACGAUCCAACCAUAGAAAAUACUUUCACAAAAUUGAUCACAGUAAAUGGACAGGAGUAUCAUCUUCAACUUGUGGACACAGCUGGGCAGGAUGAAUAUUCCAUCUUUCCUCAGACAUACUCCAUAGAUAUUAAUGGUUAUAUUCUUGUGUAUUCUGUUACAUCAAUCAAAAGUUUUGAAGUGAUCAAAGUUAUCCAUGGCAAAUUAUUGGAUAUGGUGGGGAAAGUACAAAUACCUAUUAUGUUGGUUGGGAAUAAGAAAGACCUACAUAUGGAAAGGGUGAUCAGUUAUGAAGAAGGGAAAGCGUUAGCAGAGUCUUGGAACGCAGCGUUUUUGGAAUCAUCUGCAAAAGAAAAUCAGACUGCUGUUGAUGUUUUUAGAAGGAUAAUUUUGGAGGCAGAAAAAAUCGAUGGGGCCGCUUCACAAGGAAAGUCUUCCUGCUCGGUGAUGUGAUUCUCCUGCAGAACCGGGGACGCUGGGGCCCAGUCCAGCCUGAGGAAGCCAACUGACCGUCAUCAUUUACGAUAAACUGCUUCGUUUCUCUUCUGUUAACCUGAAAGAUUUCAUUUGGGUCAGAGAUUCUCCCCCACCCCCUCCUUUCAGAUUAUGUUCAACUCUGACUCUGUCCAAAUGAGUUCACUUCCAUUUUCAAAUUUUGAGCAAUCAUAUUUUCAAUUUAUAUAUUGUAUUUCUUAAUAUUAUGACCAAGAAUUUUAUCGCAUUAAUUUUUCAGUGUAGUUUGUUGUUUAAAAUAAUGUAAUCAUUCAAAUGAUACAUAUUGUUACACUACUAUUAACUAGGCUUCAAUAUAUCAGUGUUUAUUUCAUUGUGUUAAAUGUAUAC